CCCCCCCGCCGUGCAGCUGGCCCGGGCGGAGGGAGCGCCCCAUGCUGCGAGCCGCACUGCUGCCCCGCGUCCUGCGGCGGCACUGCCCCAUGGCCGGGACCCGCCUGCGCGCAGCGCUGCGGCCCCCGGGAGAGCGCGGGAUACGAUGGGAGGGUAAAUGUUAUCAGCAUGCCACAACAGAGGCCUCCCAAGCCACCUUGGCUAGCGUGUCUCCAGUUUUUGCAGUGAUGAAGUUUGACAAAGAGGGAAACACUAGCUAUUUUGCUUUAUUGAUAGAAAAGAAGAAAACAGAAUUAUACCAGGAGUUGGGUCUUCAAGCUCGAGAUCUAAGAUUUCAACACCUAAUGAGCAUUACAACUAGAAACAACAGGAUCAUCAUGAGAAUGGAGUUCUUGAAGGCUGUCAUCACGCCAGAGUUUCUUCUGGUACUAGAUUACCGUAAUUUAAAUCUGGAACACUGGCUCAUCAAUGAACUAGCAUCUCAGCUGGCUGGGGAAGGUCAGCUCGUUACAUAUUCCUUGCCCUUCGAAUUCCGAGCCAUAGAAGCCAUCCUGCAGUACCGGAUCAGCAAACUGCAAGGGAGACUUAACACUUUGCAGCCUCAGAUCCUUGAGACACUGGAAGCUCUAGUGGACCCCAAGCUUUUGUCUGUGGAUAGGAGUAAACUACACAUUCUCCUGCAAAAUGGCAAGAGCUUGUCAGAACUGGAAACAGAUCUUAAAGUUUUCAAAGAAACAAUUCUGGAUAUCUUAGAUGAAGAAGAAUUAAUAGAAGAGCUCUGUCUAUCUAAAUGGAGUGAUCCACAAGUAUUUGAGGUGAGUGCAUCUGGGAUUGACCAUGCAGAGGAAAUGGAGUUGCUGCUGGAGAACUAUUACAGACAAGCAGAAGAUCUUGCAAAUGAAGCUCGUGAACUCAGAGUACUGAUUGAUGACUCGGAAAGCAUAAUCUUUAUCAACCUGGACAGCCACCGUAAUGUGAUGAUGAGACUCAACUUGCAGCUGACAAUGGGGACUUUCUCUCUCUCUCUCUUUGGGCUCAUAGGAGUUGCAUUUGGUAUGAACUUGGAGUCAUCUCUUGAAGAGGAUCCCAAAAUAUUUUGGCUGGUAACUGGGAUUAUGUUUCUGGGAAGCGGUCUGAUAUGGCGCCGCUUGCUUUCCUUUCUUGGACGGCAUCUAGAACCUCCACUACCUCCUCAUGUUCCUGCAGUUUUGAAAAAAUCCCAACCAGCAUCUGGAAGAGUGGAGAUAAAGAACAACAUUAAAGCAGAAACAUCUGGGCUGAGCAGAAGCACAUUAACAAGCCAAUAGGAACAGCAGGAAUGAAGAGACUUUUAUUGUUAAAGGGUGGACUUUGAACACUUUCCUUGCAUUUGUUCUUCCUUACUGAAAACUGCGAGUUUUUUCUACCUUGCUAAUUUAAUAUAUUUUUUUGUGCCAAAAACCUGUAGUGAGAUUUUAAUGCUCACACACAGAAGGAGAGAAGCACAAAGGAAAACAGUGAUGUGCUUUGCACAGUAGUUGCACUUCCACCACACAUGUUCUGUUAGUUUUCUGUAUCACAUACAUGUUCUUUUUUUGGGGGUAUUCUCAUUUCAAGUGUUUCUAUCAAAUACUUCUUCACAUAAUGGUCUUUCUUAGAGAGAACGGUAUUGUCAUCUUAAAGGAUGACAGUGGUUGGCAUUUAUCAGUAAUUCUGAUUCUGAGCUGCAGAUACAUGAAUCUGACUUCAAAUACCAAAUUAAAAUCCACCCUAAAAGUGCCUUUUUAUGGGUUUUUAAGGCGCUAUUUAACUGCAGGGAACAGAUUUUUCCAAAGCAAAAUGCAUUCCUGCAUCUCUUCUGAAGCAUCACCUCUAAAUUGGCAAUAACCAGGAACUAUUGUUUCCCUUACUUUAAGUGAGCAAUAACAGGCUUUGAAAUGUGUCUACUUACUUUAGGUAUUCCGUAACAAUUAAUUUACACCCAAAACGUGCAGUUUCAGCAACAAGAACAGCAGGCAUAUUGAUAAUGCACACCUGUGCUUGCCAUCUGCCAUUCUUUCAAUAUGCAUUGAUACAGCUGCAAUUUAGGGACUCCUCAUAUUGUCAUAAGGACUGGGUCAAAUGCUGAUAAAAAUCAACAGACCAGCUGCUGGUUUCUCUGAAGCUCGGCUCUGCUUUCUCUGCUGUUUUUAAGACAAGGCAAAGCCUGGACUACCCUGCACCACAGUAAGCCGGGUUACUUGCAGGUAUGGAAGCCUGGUGUCCUAUGGUGGACUGAAGGAGGGAGUAAAACUUUUAAGUCCUAAGAAAAACUGUAAUAUCUCUGAACUCUGAGGGCAUAGUUCUCCACUGGUUUCUUGGUCUGUGGAGGGAGCGUGAAAAUCUUUAUGACCUGAUUUAGAAAGUGUCUUUGAGGUUGAAAAGAAAUCCAAAUUAUAACUGUUACCAUACACCAAGCAUCUCCUUAGGUGCUGCUAGAUAAAUCCCUGUACUGGCAGGGGUUGAAAAGACAAGAACUGUAGCUGUGCACAUUUUUACUCAGGACUGGAAAGUUAAAAAUGGACAUAAAAAGGUACAGAAAUUAUAAUUAUGCCGGCCUGUGAUCCUAGUUUGGUUAAAAUGCAUUGUACAUAAUUAUGUUCAAACAGGUAUUCUUGCUCUCUAUGGGACUUCAGCUACAGAUAUAAAAGGCAUGAGAAGGUGAGAAAAUUAAUGGAGUUUAUAAUGGUUUUGAGGUUUUUAGCUGGUUUUUUUGGCAGCUUUUUUUCUUGGCAGGUAGAGAUGGAAAAACCUCUGAACUGAACAAUGCAGUGGAAAAACCAGUGGCUCACAGACCUUGGCUGACAAACCCGAUGGGACUGGAGUGAUUAAAGGGUAUUUGUUCUUAUGUGAAGGGAUAUGUAUGCUAGUGUUUUCAACCAAAUUGCAGUUGCAUUAGGCCAGGAUUGAAUUGUGUUGCUGCAGCUGUUGGUGAAGCUUUCGCAUAAGCUUUCCACGCUCUGUCUUUUGUACAGAGAGGUUUCUGGGAACUCUGUUGACUCAGUUUCCUGUACAUAACUGACUUAAACUGCAAUAAAAUCACUGAGAGAAAGCCACAUCUUUUGUAAGACUGCUUUUCUUUCUAUGGACACACACAAAUGUUUAAUGGGUUUCCUACAGUUCAAAUAAUCAAAAUGCAUUCACGUGCAAUAAAAUUAGUCUUGAGAUCAUACACAGAAAAUGCCAAAGCCAGUGGAGACUGCAUGUUCAAAAUGGAAUUGCUAUAGGCGAUACUGGUUUCAUCAAUUUUCUUUUGAAAACUGUUUAUUCUGCCCGUAUAAAUAAUACUGCUUGUUUUGCCUCGCACAACAGCUCACAGAUUUGAGGUAAAUAUUGUGCUCCCAGUUCCAUCCAGUUACCUCUCUCAUAAAGUUCAGAUUUUUAACUUUUUUUCCAGUAAGUGUUCAGGUUUUGGACAAGUAAAGUCAGUGAAACACUGGUCAGGGUACAUUAUACAUCAAGCUAAUUUUGUCUUGUUUUUGUUAUUUUUUAAAACAACCUCCAAGUGAGACCUAAGAAUGUCAGUUGCAGUGUGUCAUGUUCGAGUAUGAUCUUUAGAGUUCUGUGCUAUUCCACUGACUUG